CAUAUUGGCUAAAGACUCGAGUCGGGUUAAACAGAAUUUAUCAAUGAUAAACUGAUUCAUUAAAUAUCAUAUUGAGUAUUAGAGAGAGAGUUGGAGUUCGAGAAGUGAAUUAUAAUUUUGAAUAUGUCUUUAAUACUUAUGGUUGUCAAAGGAAUUCUUCUUCUUCAUGGAAUUCAAGACUGCGCAUGUGCGGAGCCGAAGCAUGGAUACAUGACGCAUUUUUACUUCAGCAGACAACCCGCGCACGUGAACGAUUCGCUCGUUCUUGAACUCACAAACCGGUUCCUACCUGAUGAGCCUGAUCAACACUACCUGGCGUGUGACGUCAAUGUUGUGACGUCACAAGACCGAAAGCUCAUGGUGCACUUUCUGUCUUUGGAAAUCUCUGAUGAGAAUACUAUAGACAGACUUCAUAUCUACGACUACCAUGACGGCCGACCAGUCCGCCUCUCACCGGCCCAGGGUUUGUACGGCCUUUACGACAUCUACUUCCGGGGACUUGCGGGGGGCGUCCGCGACUACAGAUCCACCGGAAACAGACUGAAGCUCGACUACCAGGGAAAACCGACUCUCGUUUAUGACGGGUUUAAAAUUCUCAUCACGUCAUUUAGAGACACAGCGGGCGACUGUGGGCGUAGCUACUUCCGGUGUCGGAAGAAAGGAAUCUGUGUCCCGGUCAGCACGCUGUGUGACGGAUACCAGAACUGCGGAAAUGACGACACCAGUGACGAAGAACACUGCAGCAGGGCGCUGGCAAACACGUGGAAGCCUGUCGACGGCCAGGUUGCAGCGGUGGUGGCGGCUUCCGUUUCUAUAACAACGCUUAUUCUCGUAACUGGGGUAAUAAUCCUAGCCGUCAGGCGGGUUAACAAGAGAUAUAUCAUCAAUACAACGAACGUCACAGUGGAGUUCAGAAAGAAGCGGACAAAAAAGAAGUCCGCCAAGGGAGGCAAACAGAGGAAUACCGAAAAUCUAACUCGCCUAUAUGCUCCCCCUUCGUAUGAGGUUGUCGUUGGUAUGGACGAAGCACCACCACCGUAUCACAGUGUUGCGGAUGAAUACACAAGCAGUGAGGAAGAAGACGGCAUGUUGGUCGAACAAAUAGAUGAAAUUAGUGCUGGACCUGGCACAUGCGUUAUAAUGCCUGAAGAUGAACAUUUAGUGACUGAAAAUUUACGUCAAGCAUGUGCCAAACCGCCUGAUAACCAUAUCAAAGUAACUUCAGCUUUAGUCGUAUGUGACGUAGAGGGUAAUAAUUCUUGUCAAACAAAACUCGUAGAAGGUGCUUCCAACUUAGAUAGUGACUUUCAAAACUUGACAAAUCUGAAAAAGUGUUCUUCCAUUAAUCAAAAUGACGUCAAGCCGGGAAGUAAACGUUUAGCACUUGUACGAGAGAGUAGUCACUUGGAUGAAAUCGAAAUUAUAUCAAGUAAUAGUGAUGAUAGUCGCUCAACGAAUGACGAAAAUGAGAAUAGAACUCGUACAAAGGGAAAAGGUGCUACACAAACUGUCGCCUCUCUAAAAGGAACAAACAAUGGGUUUGUAAAAGGCGUAACUUAUAAACGAAGCCCUUCGUCCAGAGAUGCAGAUACUAUUGAGUUUGCAGAUAGUGAUUAAGUCAUAAUUAUAUUACCUGAUAGUUCGGUGCUUCGCAUUUUUGUGUUUAUUUGUGUUCAUUUCUAGUAUUUUGGCCUUCGAUGACAUUGUAUAUAUAUACAUGCAGAAUAUGCAAUGAUGUUUGUUUUUGGUUAGCUAUUCAAAUUGUGAUCACUCGUCGUUCGUCGUGCUUCAUUCUUCGUCGUUAGCAAAUUGAAGCCAUUGAUAAGCUUAUUUAAACGUUAUCUUCUAUAACAUUAACUUAGCAAACUUCGACACGAAGCACUGUCCAAAUUUGUUUAAAUGGUUCCAAUUCAGUAAAUAACAUGGCCGCCAGAGCUGUAAAUUACACAUGAUAAAAAUAUUCAAUAUCUUCUGCAAUAAAUACUUGUUAAACCAAACCAAAGCGUUCGUCGUUGAAGUUUUAAAGUAUAUUUAUUUCGUUUAGUUAAUUGAUGGUCGUUGACAAGUUUAUUUAAACGUCAUUUUCUAUAAAAAUAAUUUGCCAAACUUCGGCCUGACCAAUUUCGUUUAAAUGGUUCCGGUCCAGUAAAUAACAAGGCCACCAGAGCAAAACAUAACACGUUAUAAUCAAACUAUUCUUGUUCGAAAGCGUUCGUCGUUGAAGUUUUAAUAUUCAUUAAGUAUGUAGGCAAAGAUAGUUUUCAGACAAGUUUGAGCAAAUCGUGACAUACAGGCAGGACUGACCACGCACAUAAGCAUUUAUUAAUUAUAAGGAUUUAUAUGGGAAAGCAGAGCAAAGGUAUGGACAGGGAUAUAGUUUUUCAUAACUCAAAUUCUCAACUUAUUGUUAAAUCUUUGCAUGAGAAAUUACUUAAGGUACAAAGUUUUGUCUUUUGUUUUAUUGAAAGUCAUUGUAAAAAAAUGA